AUGUCACUUUGGAUGAUAGACGUUCUUACCUGGCUUCCGCAAUCAUGGCAAGAUUGGAUACUUCCUGCGACGACCAUUCCAGUCGUCCAGAACCAUCCUUCAAAGGUUCAACUCAGCCGAAUCUCUCACGUCUAUUUCGACCACGGCGAUCUGGAAGCGUUCGACCGAUUCGCCAAGGAUUUUGGUUUUGUUCAAGCCGAGCGAAAAGGAAACUCAAUCUAUUACCGUGGCUAUGGAAGAGACCCCUAUGUUUAUGUGGCAUCACAGAGCCUGACUCGACGAUCCCGCUUCAUGGGCACGGCGUUUGUGGCGAAAGACCAAGAAAACUUUGAUAAAGCCCUCAAGCUCCCCGGAGCAGUUAUCAAGGACAUUGGAGAGGCUCCAGGAGGUGGUCAAAUGAUCACAUUCGCGAGACCUAACGACACCUUCUUCCAUGUCGUCCACGGCCAAACAGAACGUGAGAGCGGAACAAUCCCAACGGCCACUCACGACUCGCAAGGUCCUUUCAAUACCCCGCUGGAGAAGCCUCGUAAAGGCUAUUUCCAACGAUACCAUGAUGGCCCUGCGCUGGUACACAAGCUGGGCCAUUUCGGAUAUGUAUGCAAGGAAUUUGAAGAGGAACUUGACUUCUAUACCUCCAAUUUCAACUUCGUGCACUCGGACAUCCUAAGCCUCCCACAACUCCCGCACAUUGAUGUUAUGACGUUCAUGCAUCUGGAUUUGGGCAAGGCAUACAGCGACCACCACAGUUUCUUCUUACAGCGCGCGCCACCUGGUACCAGCAAAACAUAUAUCCACCACAGCUCGUUUGAAGUCAGCGAUUUUGAUACGCAAUUGAUGGGCCACAAACAUCUUGCAAAGAAGGGGUGGAAAUCCGUAUGGGGUGUGGGUCGUCAUAUUCUGGGAAGCCAGAUAUUUGAUUACUGGUACGACUCGAGUGGUUUCAAGAUUGAGCACUAUGCAGAUGGAGAUGUUGUCAACGAGGACAACGCAACUCGGAAAGAGCCAGUAGGGCCAAUAUCGGUCUGGGGUCCUGAAUUGCCAAAAGACUUCGGUGACAAUAAAGUGAAAUAG